AUGAGUGCUACUACUAUCGAGACUGCCAAGCUACCCAAUGAUACCGGUAAUGGCGGUAGAAUUUGGAGAAUUUUUCCGCGUACCUCCCCACGCACUUUCUCGUUGGGGGAUGUGGUGUUUUUCCGCCCCAAGAGCGCCAAAGAGGAUGGCAAACGAGGAACAGUGGUGGAGCCAAUGCCAGAUGCCAAAGAUCACGUGUGGGUUGAAUUUUGGGAGAGCGGCGACACCAACAAUGGUAACCGAAGGAAGAAGUACGUCUCUUGCAAACGUUUGGUACCAGUUUUCACCCAGUCCCAUGGCGACCAAUCCAUCAUCUUGACCCCAGACACCAUUCCUUAUCGCCACCUGGCUGCGUCUCAAAUUUGCGAGACGGAUGACGUGUUGGAGAUCGGAUGCUCCACAGGAGAGGCAUCCGUGAUUCUCUGUCGAUAUGGCCGCUCUUGGGUUGGAUUCGACUCUUCCAACGACAUGAUUGAAACUAGCUCUGCUGCGCUGCAGAAAAUGGACCUCAAGAUAUUACGGCAUGCUUGCAAAAUGGAUGCCCUCUCAGAUCCCAAGCGAGCCAUGGAUGUGGCUCGAAAGUUUAAUCCCAAGGGACCUGCAGCAGUCUUUCUGGACAUUGGUGGAAAUCGGGAGGAAAAAGGAGUCCUCGAAAUGAUGUCUUGGGUCCUGGAGUCGUUCCCUCAAGUCAAAGUUCUAGUGGUGAAAAGUCGGGAAGUUGUAAAGGAUAUUUCAUCAACAAUCAGCAACAAAGACAAUUCGUCAUCAGAUGUCAUUGAGGAUUAUGGCGUCGUUCGGAACGGUUCGACAUGGUUCCAUGCCAAAAUGGAGUCAGUCAACACCACCAAACUUCCUCGACAUCCUCUGCAAGCGCCCCUUGUAAUGUCGCCGCUGGACGCAACAAAACCAGUGUGCCGCUAUCACAACUACGACCCGAAAGGAUGCAAAAAAGCAGCGAAUUGUCCUUUGGACCACGAGCAUUGCCACCUGUGUCUCGAGAAGGGGCAUAGAGCCGUCAAUUGUAGUUCCACUUCUUCCAACAAGACAGGGCAAAAACGCAAGGCACUGUAUGACGAGGUGACAUGA